AUCUACUAAAUAAAGUUACGGGGACCAGGAGGAAGGAGUGUCUGUUAAGUGUUUGUGGUUAGACACAGGUCUGUGUGAACCGUCACUAUUAACGCUGAAGGGGAGUGCUUGAGAAGACCGCUUCAUAGCCCUGAUGCGUUUUCUUGUUCAUUAUUAAUGUAAGGCUGGGAUUCUACACUGUGCGCUACAGCAGUAUCUAGAGAAAGUUACCAAGCAGCAGUUGCGCGUCUAAUGGAUUUGUAUGAUUUGAAUACAUCAUAAAUCUUGGUGUUGAUCUCAUGCAAGAUUUACAGCAGUAACUGUCGAAACAAUAUGAUGCAAUUGAAUUAUUGAUGUAAAAUUGUGCAACGGUAUUUUAAUAGCCUGUGCUUUGUGAUUGUUUUAUUGCAUAUCGACGUGUCGCAGGAAACACUCAGUUUUAGUGUAACUGCUCUGUUUUUUUCUUAUUGAUAUUGUGCUGUAAACUAUUGACACUUUACCAUUUCAAAAAUGAACGGGACAUUUUUUAACCAGUCUAUCUGGGCACAAGGAAUCUUCACCAACAAAAGCCAGGACCUAGCAGAUUCCAUAGUGGGGUGCUGCAAUGGCAGUACCCCGGUCACCACAAGCGACGGAGGUUCCCUGGUCCUUGUCCCGGACGAGCGGAAUCUUUUCAUCACGAGAGUGGUGCAGAUAGCGGUGCUGUGUGUUCUAUCAUUAACUGUCAUUUUCGGCAUUUUCUUCCUGGGCUGCAAUCUGAUGAUCAAGUCGGAAAGCAUGAUCAACUUUCUAGUUAAGGACAGGAGACCUUCGAAAGAUGUGGAGGCUGUCAUCAUUGGCCUCUACUAGCAGUAUGUUGAGCUAGACUCCUGAUUGAGUAUAAGGACCAGGUCCAUAUACCGGAAUAAAUGAAAAUAUGUAACGUCAGGUGCUCUUUGUCCUGAAGCUGAAGUCAGAAGAAAAAGAACUGUUACUUGAAGAACUGUCAUAAAUAUAUGGUCUGGCGAUCCGUGUAUGUUUUAACUAUAAAAAUGAAUGCCUUCUGUUUAACUUUUAAUGUUUAAUAUGUAUUUGGUUUUUUGUUUGUUUCUAAGCCGCCUUCUCUUUCCUCGUGGUGAUUAUUAACCCUUCAUGGGUCUGCUGGAAUGUUUACAUUUUUUAUUAUUAAUAUUAUUUUGAAGGUUAUGCAUGCAGAAUUCCGUUUUUGUGCAUGGAAAUUGCUACCAAAAACUUGAGUACAGUAUGUCAAGUACAAAGCAUUUUGAAGAGAAUGCAAUCCAAAUGCGAGUCUAACGACUCUUGCACUUUUAUAAAGAUGUUCAGUGAAUGAGACAUCUAAAUAGUGAAGCAUGUUUAGCCAUUCCACCGAAAUGGAUGUUGUGCAUUGAAUUUCUUACCUAAGAUUUACACUUUGUACUAAAUGAGAAUUUAAAUUGAAGAAAGCAUGCUCAGUGCCUGUUAUAUUGUUACUAAAGAAUUUGAACAACUGUCUUUUGCACUUUUAUGAAAAUGAAAAUGCGGCAUGAUUUUUUGUACAAAACCCACUGUUGCGGUUUUUAUCAGUAAAGAUGUCAACGUUUUCAUUGAUUUGUCAUUAUUUAUUCAAGAAUAAAGUAAGGAAAUAGCAUAUUGAA